AUGGACACGAGAAUGCCGGUGAAGCUCUUCGUCUUUGACCUGGGAGAUGUCCUCUUCCACUGGUCCGCCACCACCACCACGAGUAUUCCCGCCAAGACAUUGCAUGCCAUUCUCAAAUCGGACUUUUGGCUGGAGUUUGACUGCGGACGCAUCACGCAACAGCAAUGCUACGAACAAGCAGGCCGGCAGUUUUCCUACUCGUCAGGCGAAAUUCAAGAGGCAUUCGCUCAAGCGCGAGCAUCUCUCCAGCCAAACAUCGACAUGGUGGCUUCCAUUCAAGCUUUGAGACGAGCAUGUAGAGGGACGGUCCAGAUCUGCGCAAUGUCCAACGUUUCCAAAGAGGAUUACCUCUUCAUGGAGCCCACCAUCCAUAAGUGGGAUGUUUUCGACCGCAUCUUCACCUCCGGUCAUGCGGGCAUGAGGAAGCCGGAUUCCAGCUUCUACAGACAUGUGCUGCGGGAGACCAAGCUGCAGCCGCAAGAAGUUGUCUUCAUCGACGACAAGCUGGAGAAUGUUCUUGCAGCCCAGAGCCUGGGAAUUCGGGCGUUUGUCUUCAGCGAGACCGAGAUGGUCAUCGACAUCCUCCGGCGGAUCCGAGACGACCCCGUCGAGAGAGGAUACAGGUUUCUGAGUGCGAACGCCUCCGCCGACAAUCUACAUUCCAUCACGGACAGCGGCGUUGUGGUGCCGGACAAUUUUGCAAAGCUUCUUAUACAGGACACGAUCCCUUCCUGGUAAGUGCUCUCUGGCCGCAUCUUCCAUCAAGCCCUUUCUGAUUGUCCAAUAGCAGAUACAUUGUGCCACAAUGGGACAAGAAGCGGACUUGGAACUUCUUUGAUGGUACGUGGAGUGCAGUAUGGAUCUGCUCCGCUGGGACUAACAUCCGACUUUUCCAGGCACGCCCGUCCUUGUACCCGGCAAGGUAUUUCCCGACGAUCUCGACACCACAUCUCUCGCCUUGACCGUCAUACCGCCUGCAGAAGACCUCGCGCAUUCGCUACUCGACGAGAUGCUCCUCUAUGUGCACGAGGACGGGAGGCUCCAGGUAAGUCCACCGAAGUGAACGCCAAUUGGAGAAUGUUUCGAAAGUCUCUCGACUGACACGAGGAUUCAGACCUACUUCGAUUGGGACAGGCCGCGAGUGGACGAAAUCGUCAGCGCCAACGUCCUCACCUGCUUCUACCGCUACGGGCGAGGACGUCAACUCGCGCAAACCCUGGAAAUGAUCCGCGAUGUCCUGGUAGAUCGCUCCUACGAGAGCGGAACGCGCUACUAUCCGCACGCAGACUGCUGUCUAUACUUCAUCGCACGCCUCCUCAACUCCUCGAAUGAACCAGAGGUGCGAGGAAAGCUCGAGCGUGUUCUCCGAGAGCGUGUGGCGGAGCGUGUGGGGAGGGAAGGCGGUGCGAUUGAGCUUGCAAUGCGCAUCAUCAACUGCUGCGAGUUUGGCAUCUCCUGUCGAGGGGACGUCAGUGCUCUUCUUCAAUUGCAAGAGGAAGAUGGCGGUUGGCCUGCCAGCUGGAUGUAUCGAUAUGGGUCCACGGGAGUGCAGUUGGGGAAUCGAGGCGUCACGACGGCCAUGGCUAUCAAGGCUUUGUCGUCUUUGUGA